AAUAAAAUAAUUUUUUUUUAAAAAAAAACCUCAAUUUCUUAUUUUUCAAAAUUAUUUUUGAGGAAAACGAGGAUUAGUUAGCCAUGUAUCAGAAUCUCGGCUCAAAUUCGCCUUCAACCUGCAACGGUUUCUCUCUCCGGAUUUUUUAAAGGUAUGGAGUGUUUUGACAUCUGUGAAAGAUCAUGGUUCAAUGCCUAGAGGGAAUAAAGCAUUUCUGUGCUGCUAUAGCGAACUGUUGUGAUGCAGAUACGUCUAGGCAACCCAGGGGCCUUCAAGAUCCUGAAGCUCUUGCAAGGGAGACAUCAUAAGUCGUUUGCUUCCUCUAUUGCAGUCAGUGUAAGUGAAAUAGAGGCAUUGUAUGAACUAUUUAAGAAGAUUAGUAGUGCAGUGAUUGACGAUGGGCUGAUCAAUAAGGAAGAAUUUCAACUGGCACUGUUCAAAACGAACAAAAAAGAGAGCUUAUUUGCAGAUAGGGUUUUUGACCUGUUUGACACAAAGCAUAAUGGGAUACUUGAUUUUGAAGAAUUUGCACGUGCUCUUUCUGUCUUUCACCCCAAUGCCCCCAUUGAUGAUAAAAUUGAGUUUUCUUUCCAAUUAUACAAUCUUAAACAGCAAGGAUUCAUUGAGAGACAGGAGGUAAAGCAGAUGGUUGUGGCUACGCUUGCUGAAUCUGGCAUGAAUCUGUCAGAUGAUGUUAUAGAAAGUAUCAUCGACAAGACAUUCGAAGAAGCUGACACAAAACACGAUGGGAAGAUUGACAAGGAAGAGUGGCGAAACCUUGUUUUGAGGCAUCCAUCACUUUUGAAGAAUAUGACUCUCCAAUAUCUCAAGGAUAUCACGACCACAUUCCCAAGUUUCGUGUUUCACUCGCAAGUAGAUGAUACGUGAGAUGUCUCUCAUUGGGGAGUUUUAUUGGUACAUGUCAAUGACUGUUUGGCUUGCAAGUUCUGUUUUGAAUUUGAUUGAUAUGAUUGUAGCUGUUUUUUUCUUUCUUUUUGUUGAACGAAAUUGGAAAUGUUCUGUUGUGCUCGCAAUUCACCUGAAUCCGAGCCCAGUUUAAGCGAAAUUCCAAGUAUAAAUUGUAGUUAGGUUUAUGAUUUUGAUCUGUGCAUUUUUUGUAUUUUUAACGCUUGGUUCUUAUAAUUUUUUAUUUGUUUCUUCUUUAAAA